AUGCGAUCCUCGCCACCACCGCUGCUUCUGGUCUUUUUCUCGGUCGGACUAUCGCAAAGCCAUUUGGUAUAUCCACCGCCGACCGAUGUCACACCCACCAAAGUACAGCUGAUCUUCGGCCUGGGCAUACCGAUGGAGAUCGAGGCCAGCACCAUCGUCGGCUACGUCCUGAAGGCCAACUACAAUCUGCCCUACAACUCCACGGUACUGACCGAACCCUACGUGCGAUACCAGAAGCGAUCGAUCGAAAGAUCGACGUCCGCGACGUCUCGAUACGACCUGUACAGAAUGCUGGAGCAAGCCAAGCUGGGCAAGGCCUGCCUGCUGCGCUGCAUCUGCGAGCUGGCGGCUACGCCCCUGCGCGAUCGCCGAUCCUCGAUACUCGCCCAGCUCGUUCACGUACUGUUCACGCCGUCGAGCACGCGAGACGACGACUCCGCAGAAGCGGACGAUUGGAUCGAGUGGUCGGACCAGGAGUAUCACGCGGCCGAGCUUUUGGGUCGGCGUCAUAGAGGCACGGCGGACGUUUGCAGUCGUAACUUCGCCGAGUGCCAAAUCAGCAUCUUGUCGUACUUCACCGACUAUUAUCGGGACCAUUACGACGACGUAGAGGAGGAGCAGCAGCGCCAAGAGAUUUCUGAUUAA